AUGAUGCGCAAUACUCUCCAAUCCAAAGCAUCAGCCAACAUACCUACUCAAUCCUACCAAGUCAACCCCGACGUCCCCAGCAUUCGCCUUGUCGCUGCUACUCCAUCUGCUUCCGGCCUCUCUUCGGAGGCAAACACCUCUAACACCUCGUGGUCUACUGUUCCCCUUCCUUCUGCUCUUUCCCCGCGCUCUGAGAACGACUCACCUCGUCGCAAACUUGUACCGAAGAAGUCAAAAUUGGGCCUUCUAGGCUCCAAUGGGAACAGCAAGGACAAGGUCAAAGAGAGGGGAACCGAUUUUUCGGAUGUUAUUCGACGCGUUGGAGGCUCCAGUGCACGUCGUGGAUUUGACAUCUACGUGGACCCGACGGAUGAUCCAGAGAUGGGUGAAAUAGUCAUGGUGAAGAAGAAAAAGUCUAGAGCUGGCUUGGACGGUAUGAGAUGGGGAUCGGGAGGUGCAUUAGAGGAAGUUACGAACAUACCAUCGGUGACACAACCGGUGACGACUACAACAACACUCAAGGUAAAGAAUGAAGGGAAAGAGAAGUGGUGGACCAUUGGAAGGGGAAGAAAAGAUUCGAAGGAGAAGGAGAAGGAGAAAGAAAAGGAGAAAACCAAAGUACAGGAAAAGUCUGUUUCUCGUCCCGAGCCUUCUCGCUCUAAGACUCCGGAACCUUUCAAGUCGGCACCCGAAACUCAAUCCCGAGCUCGAUUCAAUUCACUUGAUUCCGGCAUGUUGCUUACGAAUCCCCCCACCAUUUCUACAGGUUACACCUCUCGCAACAUUUCGAACCCUCAGCUCCUCAACCUUGAUGAGGAGAAACACCCCCCUCAGCAACCUUAUCCUCGUGUUGCCACGCCAACGCUGGGAGGUUUCCUUGCUCCUCCCAAUGCAACUGGUGGUCUAAACGUUCCGGACCAGUCCAACGGUCAGAACUCUAUUGCUUUGCGAGCCAUGAGGUCCAUGCGUUCUCUUGCCAGAAUUGGCAGCUGGAAUCAGCUAAAGAAUGGUACUGGUCCAGGAGAGGGGGCUGAUGUCGAGACGAAAGUCAAGAAGGAAGAGGAUGGCAAGAAAAAGGCCAAGAAGAAGGAGAAGGGCGCCAAGGAGAAGAAGAAGGGCGAAAAGGAGGUCAAGCAGAAGAGCAAAUCCAAGGCCAAGGCUCAGACUGUUCGCAGCUCCGGCAGUAGCUUCGAGGUUGGGACCCUGGCUGCUAGUCCCAACAUAGCUGCAGGGAAAGGUCAAUCCCUGGGCAAGAAAAAGCGCAGCAUUCUCGGGUUAGGCCUUCCUUCCACGAUGAGACACCCCACCAUACGAUCUGGGUCUACAACUUCGUCGAUUGGUGCCAACGCAGCUACCGCAAACAACCGGCUUUCCGUCGAAAGCGCGAUGAUUCUCGCAAGCCGUGGACGAUCUGGUUCUACAGCGACCUCCAUCAUGUCGUCCGGUUCGUCGUUGAGGCCAUUGUCCACGACCUCUACUACCUCACGAGAAUCUUCUGGUAGUUCAGCUGCUAGCGUCAAAUGGGACGAAGAGGGUUUGGAAACUGUGAAGGAGCUGAGGCGGAAGGAGAAGGAAAGCAAGAGGAAGAGUCAAGAGGAGACUGGGACUAAAUCUAAGGGGAAGGUUGAUAGGGAAAGCCGAAGGACCUCCGAGGAGAGGAAACGUACUCCGAUUUCAGACGUUUUCCCCGAAGCGUUUGAUAGUGUACAAACCCUGAAUUCAUCAGCAGCCCCAGUAUCUUGUCGUGGACCUCCCUUGUUGACACUUGAGGAAGCUACGUCAGAUGGCCAUGGACGCUCAGACGACGAUGUCUCACUGGCGACUCCGAGUAAGAGAGUUCGCCCCCGGCCAGUAUCUGAACAGUUAUUGAUGAAGUAUCGGCCCCGGGCGAUUCACGAGGAUGACGGCGAUGGUGUCAUUUCGAUUCUCUCUGCGGCUACGAACGACCUCGCGCAGCUAAUCAACCAUUUGGAUUUGGAGGCCACGCCGGGAACUACCCCUGGGACUCCAGAGUCUUUCCAUUGGCGGCCUCCUCGCCAGGAAGAGCCUGUCCCCAAACUACCAUGCGAGGACAGUCCAACGAAGAGGACCCUUAGGAAAGAUAUCACAUCUAUCAGCUCGUUGAGGCCGUAUGCUCAGUCACGAUUCAAUGAUGCAACCAAGUCCUCUACCACUUCUCAAGCCAUCGGUCAACAGAUCGCUCCAUGGCCGAUACUCAAUGCCAUGUUCCCGGCGAAGGACUCGCCUAGGCGCGCUUCUACUGACGUUGCUGAUACCAAGCCAAAGAGGGUUUCUCACACUCGUACGAUGUCUCCUCCCAACGUGAUUAUCGAGGAUACUCCACCACCGCCAUUGCGGGCUCUUCGUCCUUCUAAGUCCAGGCCAAUUCUUGAUACGUUGAAACCUUUGGGUCCUCCUCCUUCAUCAGCUCUUCCUUCCCCAGCAGCUGCACCAAGUUCAGAGAUAGUUCGUGCGCCCUCAUCGCUCACUUUCGGGUCACGGUCAUCUUCCAGAGGAAUAGGGUCAUCUAUAAGCUCCAUGGAAGGUAUUCAUGCAACGGCUGCAAUCCCUAACUUGAAGACGCGAGGACAUGUUCGUAACAGGUCCUCCCUUCUCUCUUCUCAAAUGGGCAGCGAGAAUAGUGUUCUUGAGCAAGAUCAUACUACAAGUCGGCCUCUUGCUCCCGGGGCUAAACGAAUGCUCGGUAUGAAGGGUACCAUGGGCGGUUCAGAUGUUUCGGCGUACGCGGUCGAUGAUCUUGACUUAUCUGAGCCUGAUUCAGAUAUCCCUGAUGAACUCCAGAACAUCCUUGCCGGAAACUCGGAUCAUGAACGAGAGGACACAUUAUCGUUCAGGCCUCCCCCGAGUCCUCCGGCAGAUUCAUCGUUUGCUCUAGUACCCGACGUCGAGCCUGAUGUGGAUUCCUGCAGUGAACCCGAACCCUUGAACCUUCCCAUCUUCCACGCCAAUGUCAUCGAUGAGAAUGACAAUCUUGUUGAUGAUGAGAUCACGGAGGAUGAAUCUGACCAUACGAAGAAGUCGUUCGAUUUCACUGGGGAGCUGAACAAGCUCAACGAGUCUGGAGCUUCAGAUCGACGAAGCUUCGUGGAACAACUGGAGAAUGCAUUCAAGACGCCGGCAAAAGUUGAUCUUCGUUGCGAUUUCGCUGUGACCGGACUUCAUGCCGAUGUUCCACCCCUUCCGCCUUUGCCAUCCAUGCUCCAGACACAAUCAGUGCCCGAAAAUGUUUCUGUUAGCUUUGAAGAUAAAACAGAUCUUUCAGUGUCUUCAACUGAUGUCCAAGCUAGUGUCAGUUCUCAAAGCACCUCCCUCGACCUCAAGGCGACCUCCAUCUCACAGCUCCUUGAUUGCAAGGAGCCAACGCUGUUACCGGGUACAGAUAGCCUUUCGAGCCAUGAUAUCACGCCUGGCACCGAUAUCUGCAUUGAGCUGCCGAAACCCUUGAAGAGCUCAACUUCGUCGUCAAGUUCCCGCCCAUCAGAUGGUGAAUUGAACAAAGCUUUCAAGUUUGGGAGAAUGGUACCGAAGACUUCCCCCGAGAAGGAGAAAUCACCCAUGACAUUGUCUGAUAUAAUUCCUCCCCUAUCUCGUGUUCGCGCUCUCUCCGAUUCCUCCUCCGCAGAAGUGGACGACUCAGUUCUCAAGUCAAUCUUGGAGAAAGCAACGGAAGUUCCUAAUCGUCAGAACGUUCCCCGACCACGAGUGAAUUCCGACUCUAGCAUCAGGGUUCGAGCGAGGGGUAAUGUCCAAUCGACCAUCCAGUACCGUCAUUCUCGCCACGAAUCAGGUAUGAGCUUCAUUGGGUUUGAUUCCUUCGAGGAGGUCAGGCGCGGAUUCGAGUUCCACGACUAUCGGCCAGCUUUCUAUCCUCCGAGCACUACCAAUACUAGGCGGAACGUUCAUGCACGACAGGAAUCUACUGUCAGCUUCGCUUCCGUCUCCUCGUAUGGUUUCGUUCUCAACAACGGGGUUCCUGAUCCAUUCGACUACGGAUUGCCAAGCUUGCGAGAGAGGCCUUCCUCUGAGGAUAUGUCAUCUAUCUCCAUGAGCGUAGACGACACAUUUUCAUUCAUGCGUCAUCCAUCUUAUCGACGAAGGCGCAUCGAAAGCGAUGCCUCUAGCUUCUACUUCAAUCCCAUUGCUCCUCCAAAUGCUCGUGGUCAUCGACGCCAGGAAUCCAACAUGUCCGUAGUUUCCCAAGGUCCACCUAUCAGUCUUUAUAACCGUAGUGCGCACAGACGGAACGAAUCUAGUGCUAGCAUCAACUCAUCCUUUGGCAUGCAUGGCGCAAACGCACGUACGUCUUGGGUGCGUCAUCGCCGAGGUGCAUCAGCCGACUCCGUCGACAGCAGUCGUUUAUCCGUUGUGCAAUUGGGCAGACCUGGUAUCGGCGACAAGAUGUUUGACAUGCCUGACUAUGGCGCACCUCUCACAUCUAUCUCGGCUUCACCUCCAGAAAGUACAAUGGGUGAACACUUUGGGAAUCGGACUACUUAUGAUUACGACUCCAUUCUCGACGAUGAUCAGCAAUCCGCUACUGUCGAGGAUUCGCUGUUUGAACAAACUGGCAACAGAAGCAGUGUUUCUUCGGACUCCGUGUUUGGCUAUGAUGACUCGGGCUCUCAUCAGUUGAUGCCUGCUACGCAUUAUCGGCCGUUGUCCUCACUAAGCAUGCAGAGCAAUCAUGCUUCCAUGAAGGAGGAUGACACCAUGAUCAGUAUGCUUGGUGGUGGGCAUGUUCGCCGUUGUUCUGUUGGUUCCGUCAUACAAGCCUCUCCAUGCGUUCGCGUUGGCAAACGGAAGCAACCUCCGGGAACUCAGGUUAACGAAAAGGAACCCGGCCACGUGAAGACCCAGCCCUCGAUCGCUUCCACUUCUUCGUCUAAGUUCGGAGGCGAGCGUAUGAUUCGGGCGAAGAGAGGGGUAUAUGAAAGACAGAGUUUGGAAGAGGGUGCCUUGAUGGCGGAUGGAGAAGACCUUUCAUUCUCUCUUGGUUCCCUGCCAGUCUUUUCAAAACCUGCGCCCACUUCACGCUCACGCUCCAGCACCUGCACUUCGAUUUCAAGUGGUGCCGAAACCCCUCCAUUGUCAUCCGCAGAUGGUUCGUCUGCGUCUGAAGGCUCCCAGUCCAGCAUCGAUAUCGAGCAACUCAACAGGAUCCUCUCCAACACUAGUCAUCCGGCUGCUAUCCGCCCUAGGACUAGAGCUCGUGCUCGAGGACAAGGCCAUCGUCGACGUAUAUCUCAAGCGAGAGCAUCCCGCUCGUCCGUAUACGAGACAAUCGAGGAAGAGCUCUGGAGCGAAUCCUCACCCGAUCACUCUGUGAGCAUGUCGAAGAACAGCCCUACCGCAAUCCAGCCGGUAUAUGUUGUGGACCCAGAUGCGGCCUCCAUUCACUCAACUGACUCCUUCUGGCACGACGAAUCGCGUGUCGCUUCUUUACGGCGUUACAACAAGUUACGACACGAAGCGGAACAUACGGUCAAGGAGAGCCAACGAGUUUGGAGCGAUACACCAUUUUCGCUUUAUGCGUUGCAGUCAUUUGAUCCACCCCGGCAUCCUGCUGGUAUGCAAGCGUUGCUAGCAGACUCUGUGCAGAACUAUGGGCCAUUGCCCUCAGAGCUUCGCCCUCGCCGUCGAUGUACUUCUUCGAGACCUUCGCCAUACCCUCAAGCGAGGACAAGCAAGGUUUCCAUGUCGCAAGAGUAUCUUUCCCAUUCGCCUCCCGCAGUGCCUCUUCCACCUGUUCCUGCCCGUGUACCCAAGCUCGAGGAUUCACCGCUACAGCUGAAAUCGGUCAACACAAACAUUUCUUCAGCGAAUGCCAAAGCGUCUUCCCUGAAACUCAAGAAGGUACUUGCCGCUGUGAACAACAACGCCGAAUCCCCGGGCUCUUUCAACCCAUACGUUGCGUUCGGACCGCCCAAGGUGCGACCCCGUGUAGGCUCUGCGGCUAGACGCACAGCGUUGGGUUGGUCUAAGAGAAGUACUGGUAAAUCGUCCUCGGAUCUCAAGGAGAAUUCUGGCACCAUGAUGACACCUGGCGAGACCCUUCGAUUGAGUCGACCUCGACCAAGAGGAAGACCAACCCCUGCUCGUCCUCAACCUGUACGAGUUUGA